ACUGUAAACUUCUGUCAACUUUACUGUUUUUUAAUGUUUUAAAGGAAAUAUACCUACAAUGUAAACUUCUACCAACUGUAAGUAUAAAGCAUGUUAGCAAAGUCUUUUUUUUUUUGGGGGGUAAACAAUUUGCUUUUGUUAUUUUUCGUGAUUUGGUUCGUUUUCUUUGGAAGAAAGCUCUCGCUGGUUUCGUUUUCAGACACCCUUUUCACACUCCAUUUUGCUUUAGUUUUCUCCUUUUAUUUAUUUAUUUUUUCAAUUUUAUUUUUUAUGGCUUUUUUGUUGGUUGGUGAGCUGAUUCCUAGCUGCCAUAUGUUGACUUCUCUGCGAGCAUGGAAUGCAGGUCGCUCCAUGGUUUCUGAAGUCCUUUUGGAUUCUGGGUCUCCAUUGAAAACCCUCCAGAAUUGUUUUCUGCGUGUACGGGACAAGAUUCUAUUGAACUCGACCGUGAAGAUAAAAGAGGGGAAGUUAGCUUUGUAAUUUUUGUUCUUGUCGGGAUGAAGUGUUUCUAUUUUAUAAGUGGGGAGAAGAAGGAUGAAGCGAAGACUUCAAAGUCCAUUUCGACUAGGUCCUUUGCUUCAACUGAUCGUGAGGUGAUCAGAUCUGGAUCUGAGUUAAAUUCAGAGAACAUCUCAGAAAUGAGCGUCGAAUCAAUGGGGAGGGUCCCAUUUUCAAGUUUGUCUCAGAGGCCAACCAAUCUCAGAGUGUUCACAUUCUCGGAGAUGAAGGCAGCAACAAAGAGUUUCAGCCGCUCCCUCAUGGUGGGAGAGGGUGGUUUUGGAUGUGUCUACAGGGGUAUGAUUAAGGACUCAGAAGAUCCAAACGUCAGACUUGAUGUUGCUGUUAAACAGCUGAGCAGAAGAGGAUUGCAGGGGCACAAAGAAUGGGUGACAGAAGUAAAUGUCCUUGGAGUGGUUGAACACCCAAACCUUGUUAAAUUGAUAGGCUAUUGUGCUGAGGAUGAUGAAAGAGGGAUACAGAGGCUUUUGGUUUAUGAAUAUAUGCCAAACAGAAGUGUGGAAGACCAUUUAUCAGGUCGGUCACCUACACCUCUUCCAUGGGCUAAGAGACUGAGAAUAGCACAAGAUGCUGCGCGUGGUUUAACAUACCUCCAUGAAGAAAUGGAUUUUCAGAUCAUCUUCAGAGAUUUUAAAUCUUCAAAUAUUCUCUUGGAUGAACAAUGGAAUGCAAAGCUUUCAGACUUUGGAUUGGCCAGGCAGGGUCCUUCAGAAGGAUUAUCUCAUGUCUCCACAGCGGUGGUUGGAACAAUUGGAUAUGCAGCUCCAGAAUACAUCCAAACUGGCCGCCUCACAGCCAAAAGUGAUGUGUGGAGCUUUGGUGUCUUCCUGUAUGAGCUAAUCACAGGUAGGAAGCCAGUUGACCGAAACCGCCCCAAGAGUGAACAGAAAUUAUUGGAAUGGGUGAGGCCACACCUGUCUGACAUGAAAAAGUUUAGGCAUAUAUUGGACCCAAGGCUUGAAGGGAAGUACUCCCUCAAGUCUGCUCAGAAGCUUGCAGCUGUUGCAAACCGGUGCUUGGUGCGGCAUCCAAAGACACGCCCCAAGAUGAGCGAGGUGCUGGAGAUGGUGAAGAAGGUUGUGGAGUCAACAGAAAUGGGGAGUCCUGAACCCGCUAUGAAGAGUUUGGCUCCAACAGAUACUUCUGCAGAACCCAAAAUAAAAGGAUCCAACUUGAAGAGGCAGGUUGUGGAUUCAAGAGUGGGAGAAAGUGGUUGGUCAGCUUGGCGAAUGUGGAGACCAAAGCUCAUAAGGACAUGCUGACAGAUGAGAAGAUGAACAGUGAAGGUGGAUUGGCACUAGUUCUGUUAUACUUGGAUGUAAAGGCUUACAAGAGAUAAGAAGGCUCUAUCUGGUUUCCCACUAAUGCUGAUGAUGGAUGUAACAUUCACUGCAAAUUUCUGCUUUUUGUUCAAGGCAGCAUGGCAGUACGUAGAGAAUAGAGAGUGGCUAUUUUUUAUAUAAAUAACAAAUGAAAUGAAAGAUGCCUCAAUCAGGGAUUUGUUACUUUCUUUUGUAGUCCCAAGAUGUGUAUAGUAACUUAUUGAUCUAUAGCUAAAUGCAUGAUGCCUACUGCUAACUAUUUUAUUUGUGAAUAUAUGACUUGUUUGUGAUGCAAAGUAA